CUCGCCCACCCCCUCUUCUCUUUAUCGAAUCUAUCUUUCCCUGCUCUCUCACUGGCCCCCGCUUCUUCUCUCCUCUCUCUCCCUCUCCCCUUCUUCUCGCGGCUCUCCUCUUGAUGAUUCUGCUUAGCGAUUGGUUUGGAUUGCCCCUUUUUGUGGUGAGGUAUUCGUCUUCUUCUGCGCAUUUUUUUGUUAGAAUGAGGAAGGGUUGUGGUUCUGAGUGAAUUUUCUGGAAAUUUUCUCUUUGCUAGCUGAGAGUUGAUUGAAAGGUUGGUUUUUUGGUGGAAAGGUUGGAUCUUUCGUCUUGGUUUUGGGGGUUUCUUCACAAUUGUGGCGGCGUGUUUUGGAAUUUUGAUUCUAGAGAUUGUUGGGUUGGGAAAGUUUAGAGCUUUGAGGUUUGAUCUGGAAUCUGGAGUGUUGCUUUGCUGUGAUUGAGGAGUUGUUUUUAUUGUUUUUGUGGUAUUGGAUCUCUGGAGGGGAUUGACUUAGGUUUUGGUGUUGGGUAUGGGAUUUAGAGGAUCUUGUUUGCAGCGUUGUGGAGUGAUUUGUUGUUGUGAUUGGUUUUUGUUGUGAGGCUGAGUGAUUGAGUUGAAGAAGAUGAAAGGGGGGAAAGAAGAGGAGAAGAUAGUGGGACCAUUGUUUCCCAGGUUGCAUGUCAAUGAUGCUGAUAAAGGAGGCCCCAGAGCUCCUCCAAGGAACAAGAUGGCGCUCUAUGAGCAGCUCAGUAUACCAUCCCAGAGAUUCAGCUCUGCACCAGUGCCAGCUCCUUCACGGCCUCUUCCACCUCAGAAUGGUGGCUUGCAGGUUCCUUCUACAUCAUUGAGUCAGGGUUAUGGACAUGAAAGGAAUGGUUUUCCUUCAUUUUACAUGCCUCCUCACACACCUGCCCAUUCAGCGGAGAGGGUUCACUCUCGUUCGUCUGGUGGAAUAAAUAAUAAUGCCUCUAGGCUUCAAUCAGAAAGCAGAUCCGCAAGGCCUGCAAAUGAAAGAUUUUUGGCUGCCACAGGAUCACCUGCUGAGUGUAGUUCACUUCAUCAACGACAGUGCCCUUAUGGAAAGAAGUCUAGUGGGAAUGCAAUUGAUGAUGAUGAUGAUUUCAGGGUUCCUACAUUUGUUCAACCUGGAAAUGCUACAUGUUCAAACAAAGAUACACCCGUGCUUGAAACAGAAAAAGGUAUUUCCAUUUGUUCUAAGGCUCAACAAAAAAGUUUCUCCACUUCCAAUUCUUCAGUUCAGAUCUCAAAGUCUUAUGGCAAAGCCAUGGAACAGAGCAAACUUUCUAGUAUAAAUGAGAAAGAGAAAAAUGAAGACUUAGUAAUCAAUGAACCUAAUCAGAGGGCUGUAGGCCACAUAGUAGCCAGAGAAAGCCUUGUGGGAUUAUCACAUUCUCCCAAGGCAUCUUCAGAUCACUCAAAGGCCGUAAAUGUUUUUGAGAGUUCGUGUCAUGAAACUGCAGUACAAGGCCAAGAAACUUGUGGUGGUAGUGCUUCUGCUGGAUCUAAGUGCUUAAAUGAGGAGGUUUUAAGAGCUAAAAAUGAAUCUUGUUUAAGAGCAUUGGUUGAUGCCAACAGUCAAUUUCUGAAGGUGGGUGAGAAACAAAAUCCAGAAAUUAAUGCUAAGCCAAGUGGUUCACCAGCAAUGGGAGAUGCAGAAGGAAAUGAUGACACCUCUGACUCCUCCAUGGUAGAUUCUAUUUCAGGAAUGGAGAUAUCUCCUGAUGAUGUUGUUGGGAUUAUUGGUCCAAAGCACUUCUGGAAAGCGAGAAGAGCUAUUAUCAAUCAGCAGAGGGUUUUUGCGAUACAAGUGUUUGAGCUGCAUAGGUUAAUAAAGGUUCAGAAGUUGAUUGCUGCAUCACCACAUAUGCUCCUUGAAGAAAGUUCAUUUCUGAAAAAAUCUUCUCAGAAGGUAGUACCGGCCAAGAUUCUGCAACAUGAACCUGUGCCAAAGCCCCUGCUGGCUGCCACCCAACCAAAAGAUCUACAGAAGUCGAACCAAAGAAUAGAGUGCUCGACAGAGAAAACAGUUGAUGCACGCCCUUUGCCCUCUACUGAGGAUGGAUCCCACGGAGGUCAUACUGUUCAGAAUCCUAGAACUGGCCCGUAUGUUGGAAACCCAAUGCCAAUCCCUAUGUCUCUCGAUCAUCAAAAACCAAAUCCUUGGUGCUACCACCCGCCCGCAAAUCAGUGGUUAGUUCCUGUUAUGUCACCUUCAGAAGGGCUUUGUUACAAGCCCUACACCGGCCCGUGUCCUCCUCCUGGUGGAUUUAUUCCUCCGGUUUAUGGAGGCUGUUGUCCUAUGAGCUUACCUCCCGGAGAUUUCAUGAAUCCGGCUUAUGGUAUCCCUGCCUCUCAUCAACAACAAAACAUGGGUGUUCUUUCGGGUAAUCAUCAUAUGGCUCCAAACUACUUCCCGGCUCCUUACCCAGUUCAUGUCAUGAACCCGAUGAUGUCUCCCUCUGCCGUCGAACAAGUAAGCCCAUUGGUUGGCUCGCGACCUCCUGGACAGACUGAGCAGAGCUCAUGCAACAUCUCAAACCUCAGAAGUGAAACAAUUUCAGGUCGCCUUUGGAAGGCUCACGGUCAGGUAUCAAAAGAGAGUGGAGUGCAGGGGAGCACCGCCAGCAGUCCUUGUGAGAAGACACAAGCAGAUGGAAGAGACGCGCUGCCCCUUUUCCCAACCGCACCACAAUCAGAGAUUUCGGCUCGGCAGCCUUCUGCAUCUUGUGGUAAGGCGAAUCAAACACGCGUAAUCAAAGUUGUUCCACACAAUGCAAGGUCUGCAACUGAGUCUGCAGCUCGUAUUUUCCGAUCUAUACAGGAAGGGAGACAACAACAUGAUUCAUAGAUCGUGUACUGUAUGUGCGUUCUUGUUUUUGACGAAAUCCACUGGCUUUGAUAUAUCUUUGUUGUUUACAUGUAUAUGUUAUUAUUCUGUUAUGUGUGGAGCCGGAGAUCAAUAUUUUGUAGGCUUUGUUGCUCUAUUGAUUAAAUUUGUGGAUGCAAGCUUUGAAGAUAGAACUUGAACAAUAGCUGCUCUCUGUUAUCAUGUUUAUUCGAAUGAAAUCAAUGUUUACAUUUAA